AAAGGGAGAAAGCACAUAAGCAAAGAAAAAGCUCCAAAAGCAAUCAGUCCCUUCACUCCUUCUCUCUUACCUUGAAAACCACUGUAAAAGAAGAACGAAAUAUAAAAAUCUCUCUAUUUUUUCUUGUUUUACACUUUUUAAAGACAAUGUUAUUAGCUUCUUGAAGAAACAUUCUCCAGUUUGGAUCUUCUCAAGCUUCUACCUCCGUCUUCUUCACAGCCAAUUUAUACAACUUUACCAAAUUUCUUCAUCUAGAAAUCAGAUUAUCUACGGACUACAGUCUCCUUAGGUAUGGCCAAAAAUUUUAUUUAUUUAUUAUUAUUAUUUUUCAUCCAAGAUCUUCCCAGAAAACGGAUAUUCUAUUAGUUAAUUAACAAGAUUAUCUUCCUGUGCUUUGAAAAAAAUGGUUAGAGACAGAGGUGUCCUUACCGCUUGAACCGAUUUUCAAACGAUGGACCCAUCGGGCCAGUGACUUACGGCCAUGCUAUAUAUAUAUAUAUUGUGAAUAUUUAUCACUGACCAGAGAGAAGGUAAAGUAACAUAAGUCUUAAAGGCAGUUGUUUUAAUUUUUUAAAAUAUUUGAAGAUUUCUUUAUAGACUGCGCAGGCCAUGGAGGACUUGCUACGGAAGGAAAGAUUCCUUUCACCCUUAAAAUUGCUUACACGCUUCCCGAGAAGUGUACCAAAGAUUUAGAAAUUUCUGUCUAUCAAUUGUUUUUUCGUCCGAAUUGAACUAGAAAAAGAAGCGAUUCAAACCGAGAAAAAGAAAGUGAGUUACAGAAUCUUUUCUGUGGCUAGCUCUGUUUUUAGUAGUGCACGGUUCAUAGAGCUGUAAAAAGCAAUGAUUAAGCUUUAUUUAGGCGCUGAGCCUGGGUGGAAUCCAUCAGCUCUUGUUAGAUCAUCAUAAAACCCAAACUGGAUCUUGUCGUGCACUGCACGCAUUCAUUUGUGCCGAUCAACAAAAAGGCUUUCUGUCGAGAAGUAGGACUUUUUCAAGUGUAACAAGAAUUUGCAGCGAGAGGGUAAAAACAUAAAUAAAGCGAUUAUCUUAAGAUAGUUGCAUACUUUUUUUUUUCCUACUAUUUGUAAUAGUGGUGGAUCAUCAAAACCCACGUCCACAAGCUCCGUAAGGGAGUAAAUACUAUAGAUACAUAUAUAUAUAUAUAUAUAUAUAUAUAUAUAUAACCGUCUGAGCUACAAGCUUCAGGCGCAACGCUGCUUCUUGUUUCAAUAAUAUUUUCAAAUGAUUGUUUUAUCUACAUUUUAGCAAAAUAAGGUUGUGUGUUUGUAUCAGCCACAAUAAAUCAGUGGCAAAGGAGCCAAGCAGUUUGGUUCAUGCAUGUUAUGUUACAGAAUGUAGAUUGAGUGGAACUGAUGUUUGAGUAGCGCAGAAGAAAAGACAGGUAACGGGACAAAGAUCUUCUAUGAUUGUAAAACGUCACUGUAAUCUAGGUCAUCCAGGUGACAAGAUAUGAUAUCGGUGCUCCUAUGUCAUGAAGAGUAGGGUACUGCUGUUUUUGAAGGGAAAUGGAAAGCGGUCAAAGCAGCAGAACCAACAAUGGGAGAUACAGAGUGUUUAAGGAGGACUCAUGGUUCAGUCAAUUCCGCAAUGGCUCUAAUCCUUGGAUGGCGAGAUAUGUUUAUGGCUUGAUGUUUCUCAUUGCCAAUUUGUUAGCAUGGGUUGUUCGAGAUUAUGGCCGAGCUUCCUUGACAGAAAUGAAAAAACUAAAGAAUUGCAAAGGUGGGGUUGACUGUUUGGGCACAGAAGGUGUUCUGCGCGUGAGCUUGGGAUGCUUCUCAUUUUAUUUUGUAAUGUUCAUGUCAGCUGUUGGCACCUCAAAGAUGUAUGGUUCAAGAGACUCAUGGCACUCUGGAUGGUGGUCUGUGAAGUUUCUAUUGUGGAUUACCCUCACCGUUAUCCCUUUCUUUCUUCCUUCUUCCUUCAUUCAGCUAUAUGGGGAGAUUGCACAUUUUGGUGCCGGGGUCUUUCUCCUAAUUCAGCUAAUAAGCGUUAUCAGCUUCAUCACAUGGCUCAAUGCUUGUUGUCAGUCUGAAAAAAACUUAGCAAGAUGCCACAUCCAUGUAAUGUUAAUUGCAACUGUUGCCUAUAUUAUAUGCAUUGUGGGAAUCAUUAUGAUGUACAUCUGGUAUGCACCUGAUUCAUCUUGCCUCCUAAACAUUUUCUUCAUCACAUGGACUCUGGUGCUCCUCCAACUGAUGACAAGUGUCUCCCUCCACCCAAGAGUGAAUGCUGGGUUCUUGACUCCUGGGCUCAUGGGGCUUUAUGUGGUAUUCAUCUGCUGGUGUGCCAUUCGAAGUGAACCAGCAGGUGAAAAAUGCAAUAGAAAAGCUGAAGCUUCAACAAGGACAGAUUGGCUAACCAUUAUAAGUUUUAUUGUUGCACUACUUGCAAUGGUUAUUGCAACAUUUUCCACGGGAAUAGAUUCUCAAUGCUUUCAGUUCAGGAAGGACGAGAAUCAAGCCGAUGAAGAUGCUGUUCCAUAUGGUUAUGGCUUCUUCCAUUUUGUUUUUGCCACGGGAUCUAUGUACUUCGCCAUGCUCUUAGUUGGCUGGAACACUCAUCAUGCCAUGAGGAAGUGGACGAUUGACGUAGGUUGGACUAGUACCUGGGUCAGGAUUGUGAAUGAAUGGCUGGCCGUCUGUGUUUAUUUAUGGAUGCUUGUGGCUCCGAUUUUAUUGGAAAGAAGACAAACAACAGAACAAACAUGAUAAACUUGAAGGGUGAAUAUCCAGAAUUUUUUUGGCUGAGGCUCCAUUGAUCUUUAUGGUUGCUUCAAAACUAAAUUGCAGCUACGAAGAGUUGCAAGUAAAAUCAUCUUAUCCCGUCUACUAAUCAGAUUUGUUGCAUUCUUCUGGCUCAGAUAAAAAGAGAAAUGUGAAAAAUCAGUAUUCAAGUUAUUCAUAUUAAUUCAAUAUGUGUAAAUGUAUUAUUAAAAUGGAAACGAACGGAGAAGGUCCUUCAAAACCACAA